AUGAAAAAAGUAAACAUUUGCCUUGCUCUUUUUUCACUAUUCUAGGCCUCCUUUUAGUACUGCCACUACUCGACUAAACCUAGCUAAUUGUAAAACGGUAAUUGCUAAUGUAUCGGCGGAUUUUAUUCUAUCUCUACUAAAUGCCAAAUAUGCCCUAAUAAUGGAUCAACUGCUGAAGUUUCCUACUCAAUAUCAAAUUGCAAAUAUUGUAGCUCUACUAAAUACUAUAUGUCUUAAGCAGCAACAUCAUCUACAGGUUCAGUAUGCUUAUAGUGCCCUAAUAACUCCUAGGUUCAAUCUAACACUCCUUAGAAUCCUUAAGAUAUUAGUGAUUGCAUGUAUUGUUAACCUGGUUAUUAUCUUUAGACUCCAGCAGUACCACCUUAAAAUGGUAAUCCAGGUUAAGCUGCAGUCUGCGUUCCAUGUCCAAAUAAUACAAAAGGUAUGAAUGCUAGUUCAGUCUCCUAAUGUAAUUCAUGUAAUGAAGGUUUUUAUAUAUCUUAAUAAGCUACAGAUUCCCAACCUGCAAUUUGUUCACUUUGUCCUAAUAAUACUUCAAAUAACUAUAUACUUCCUUUUGAUAUUUAAUACAAUGUUAAUGAUUGCAGUACUUGUUUACCAGGAUAUUAUAAUUCUAAUACUUCGUUAGGAUAAUAAACCAUUUGUGAAAAAUGCCCUCCAAAUACAUUUACUUACGGUUCAGGUGCUACUUCAAUUAGUUCAUGUAGUUGUAUGAAUAACUACUAUAUGACAGUUGCACCAACAUCCUCUACUGCUCCAACUUGUUUACCAUGUCCUAAUGGUUCUGGAAACUAUUAAAUACCAUUUUUAGCUGGAGAUUAAUCUCAAUGCGACAUUUGCUAAGCAGGGUAUUACAUGAUCACACCCUACUAAGAUCCUGCUAAUGGAAAUCCUGGAACUGCUGCCUAAUGCCAACAAUGUCCAAAUAAUUCUACUUCUGACCCUGGAGUUUUAACUUCAGUUUCAAGCUGUAAUAAGUGCCAACUGAAUUUUUACAUGCAAGUAGCUCCCACAUCUACUACCUCUGCCAUUUGCUAACCGUGUCCUAAUAAUUCUGCCACUUUAAAUCCUGUAUCUUAGUAAGGAGAUGUAACUUAAUGUUCUAUUUGCGUAUCUGGUUAUUACAUGAAAUAAGCAACUUAAGCAGGAUAAACUGCAUCAUGCUAAAAAUGUCCUCCUGGAUCUAAUACAAUAUAAGGCAGUAACACUGCUUGCUAUUGCUAUGACUAGUACGCCACAUGGUCAUCAAAUACUAAUUCCUGCUAAUGUAAUCAAGGUUAUAUUGGCACCCCAGCAACCUCAAUUGGUGCUUAAGGAUGUACUCCAUGUCCUGCAGGUAAAUACUAUUAAUCAGGAAGUUGCGUUGAUUGCCAAGUUGGAUAUUACUCAAGCUCACCUGCAAGUCUUUCAUGUACCCAAUGUUCUGCUGGUCAUUAUGCUAAAGGAACAGGAAAUAUAGCUUGUGCUAGUUGUCCAAAUAAUACAACUCCUUUAGCAGAUUUUUCUGAUUGUUAGUGUCCAGACUCAAGUGCUGUCUUUAAAAACAAUAGUUGCGUCUGUCCUGACGGUUAUUAAGGUACUCCAUCAAGUUCAUCAAGCUAAAAGGGAUGCUCACCUUGCCCAAAAGGUCAAUAUUCAAACUCUUCUACCUCUGGAGCAUGUACUCCUUGCACUGCUGGAUAUUUUGCAGCCAGUACUGGAAGUUCUUAAUGUUAAUAAUGUGGUAAGGGUUAAUUCGCUUCUGGUACUGGAAAUACUUCAUGUCAAACUUGUGGCUCAGGUAAAAUAAAUACUCCAGAUUUUUCUGAUUGUUAAUGCAUUCCUAACUCUAAAUUAAAUGGAGAUAGCUGUGUUUGUAAUCCAGGUUAUAUUGGAGUACCAGCUACUUCAAAUAGUUGCACAGCUUGCCCUGCUGGAUAAUUUGCAGAUUUACCAUCUGGAAAGUGUUCUCCUUGUCCAGCGGGCACAUAUUCAAAUGGCUCAGCUAAUGUAAACUGCACAUAGUGUAGCUCAGGAUAAUAUGCAAAUGGUACUGGAAAUACAACCUGUAGCAAUUGUGGACCUGGAUCUACUAACACAGAUGAUUUUACUGGCUGUAAAUGUUAUGAUUCAAAUGCAUCGGCUUGGUCUGCAGAUAAAAAUUAAUGCUAAUGUGCUGCUAAUUUCUAUGGAGAUGCAAGUUAAGCCACGAGUGCUUCAAAAACUUAAUGUACUAACUGUCCAAACAAUACAACAUCAAAAGCAGGAGCAGCUAAAACUCAAAAAGAUUGUUAAAAUUCUUCUUCCUCUUAGAGCUCCUAAAAUGGAUCAUACACAUAUUCAUAAAUUAUAUAAAUAUCGAUAUUAGUUCUACUAUUGUUAAUAUGA